UGGAUGUGACUCUGGAUCCAGACACGGCUCAUCCCAGACUCAUCCUGUCUGAGGAUCGGAAACGUGUGAGAUAUGGAGACAAAUGCCAGGAUCUGCCCGACAACCCUGAGAGAUUUGAUUCUCGUCCCUGUGUCCUGGGCGCUGAGGUGUUCAGCAGCGGGAGGCAUUACUGGGAGGUGGAGGUCAGAGGCAAGACAGGCUGGGACCUGGGGGUUUGCAGGGAAUCUCUGAGCAGGAAGGGGAAUGCCAUGCCCACACCUAGGAAUGGAUACUGGGUCGUGUGGCUGUGGGAUGGGGAAUACAAGGCCAUCACCUCCCCACCGACCUCCCUCCCUGUGAGUGUGAGGCCCACCCGGGUGGGGAUUUUCCUGGACUGUGAGACAGGCGAGGUCUCGUUUUACAAUGUGACUGACAGGUCCCAUCUCUACACUUUCACUGUCACCUUCCGCAGGAAGCUCCGCCCUUAUUUCUGUCCUGGUGUCAACACUGGUACAAACGCGGCUCCCCUGAUAAUCUGCCAGGUCCCAGUUGAGGCCGGAGGGAAUCUCUGUCCCUGACAGUGACCCCGCGGCACAGACUGUCCCCUCCCAGCCCUGCUAAUCUUCCCGCCCCCAGUGGUGGGCCCCAGUUACUGCAGUAACUGGAUGUUUUGUGCUGACCGGACACUGCCAGUUUCCCUUUUCAACUGGAGGUUCCAAUCAAAAACUGGACACCUGGCAACCCCCAGCCCUCACCUUUCCCCAUCCUCUGCCCCAGAGGCAGCAGAUGGUGGUGGAUGGGGUCAUUCAAUCCUGUCAGAAUUUUCUACCCCUGUGAAAUCUCAAUGUAAAAUAUGAAAGAAAAAAAAUUAUUCUAAUUUAGAAAAUAUUAUUGUAACAAGGUGUAAAUACAAGAAUAUUUUAAUUUACAUUUCAACAGUAUUUCAAAAUCAAGCAUCUAAACAUAUUUUUAG